GCCUUGACGAGCGUGCGGACGAACGCAUGCGCGGGGAGGAGCAGCUGGCGCCGUCUUUUUGUAGACCUUUGAUUGGCUGCUUGCGCUGAAGCCCCGCCUACAUCACUGAGGGGAAAGGACAAGCGUGCACUUCACUGACAAGGAUGGCGGCGCUCAGAGUCCUUAUAGACGUGCAAAAAGUGCUGAAAAAGGGACAGCAUUCUGCUUCAUGGGCAAGAUGGUGCUAUUUGGCUUCACAUUUCCAAUAUUCAACAGCAUAUAAUCCUGAAGAAAAGAUGUUUGAAAAACUUCUUAUCGCAAACAGAGGAGAAAUUGCAUGCAGGGUAAUCAAGACAUGCCGAAAACUGGGUAUAAAAACAGUGGCCGUACACAGUGAUGUUGAUUCAGCAGCGGUUCAUGUGAAAAUGGCGGAUGAAGCUGUCUGUGUUGGCCCUGCUCCCACUAGCAAAAGCUACCUCAACAUGGAUGCCAUCAUGGAAGCCAUUAGGAAAACUGGGGCCCAAGCUGUCCACCCAGGAUAUGGGUUUCUUUCUGAAAACAAAGAAUUUGCCCGACGUCUGGCAGCGGAAAGCGUCACCUUCAUUGGACCUGACACUCAUGCAAUUCAUGCUAUGGGAGACAAGAUUGAAAGCAAGCUAUUAGCCAAGAAUGCAAAGGUCAACACUAUCCCUGGCUUUGAUGGGGUGGUCAAGGAUGCAGAUGAAGCUGUCAGAAUUGCAAGGGAAAUUGGCUACCCCGUCAUGAUCAAGGCCUCAGCAGGAGGUGGUGGCAAAGGCAUGAGGAUUGCUUGGAAUGAUGAAGAGACCAGGGAUGGGUUUAGGUUUUCAUCUCAAGAAGCAGCAUCAAGUUUUGGAGAUGAUCGCUUGCUAAUAGAAAAAUUCAUUGACAACCCCCGUCAUAUAGAAAUCCAAGUGCUAGCAGAUAACCAUGGCAAUGCACUGUGGCUAAAUGAAAGAGAAUGCUCCAUUCAAAGACGUAACCAGAAAGUAGUAGAAGAAGCACCUAGCACUUUUCUUGAUCCAGAAACUCGAAGAGCUAUGGGAGAACAAGCUGUGUCACUUGCCAAAGCUGUAAAGUAUUCAUCUGCAGGAACAGUAGAGUUUCUUGUCGAUUCAAAGAAGAACUUCUACUUUUUGGAGAUGAACACAAGACUACAGGUUGAACAUCCCAUCACAGAAUGUAUUACAGGCCUAGACCUUGUAGAAGAAAUGAUCCGUGUUGCUAAAGGUUACCCACUCAGGCAUAAACAGACUGAUAUCCCUAUAAAUGGCUGGGCAAUUGAAUGUCGUGUCUACGCUGAGGAUCCAUAUAAAUCCUUUGGUCUACCCUCCAUUGGUCGUCUUUCCCAGUACGGUGAGCCACGCCAUUUGCCAGGGGUGCGAGUUGACAGUGGCAUUCAAGAAGGAAGCGACAUCAGCAUUUACUAUGAUCCUAUGAUUUCAAAAUUGGUGACCCAUGGUAGCAAUCGUGCUGAAGCCUUGAAGAGAAUGGAAGAUGCUCUAGACAAUUACAUAAUUCGAGGUGUGACUCAUAAUAUUCCUUUACUUCGGGAAGUUAUUACGCAACCUCGUUUCAUUAAAGGAGACAUCACUACCAAAUUUCUCCACGAAGUUUAUCCUGAUGGAUUUAAAGGACACAGUUUGACAUCUCAAGAAAGAAAUGACCUUCUUGUAACAACAGCUUCACUAUAUGUCGCUGCACAGACCAGGUCACAUCAUUUUCUAAAUAAUUCCAGAGUUCCAGUAGCUAAGAAUGAUAUGAAGAGCUGGGACCUUUCUGUUUCACUGGAGGGUACUACCCACUACGUUGUGGUCACAAGGUUAAAGGAUCAUUUUUCUGUGGAAGUUGAUGGCAUUAAAGUGAAUGUAGCUAGUGAGUGGAAUCUGUCUUCACCGUUAUUGUCUGUCAGGAUUGGUGACACUCAGAAGACCAUUCAGUGCCUUAGUCGUGACGCAGCUGGGAAUAUUAGCAUUCAGUUCUUGGGCACAGUGUUUAAACUGCAAGUGUUGACCAAGCAUGCAGCUGGGCUCAGCAAGUACAUGCCGGAGAAGGUAGAAGAGGACACCAGUAGCAUUCUGAGAUCACCGAUGCCAGGGACUGUUGUGGCCGUUUCCGUUAAGCCUGGUGAUAUGGUUUCUGAGGGACAAGAGAUUUGUGUAAUCGAAGCAAUGAAGAUGCAGAACAGCAUGACUGCAGCUAAAACUGCAAAGGUGACAUCUGUGCACUGCAAACCUGGUGAUACCGUGGGAGAAGGGGAUCUCCUAGUGCAUCUUGAAUAAAUCCUAUUCACUACAUGACUCCACUUUGAAGAUUUCUGAUCAACUACAAUCAUACAUGUUUUGACAUGACAUUCCUACAAAACAUUUUAUACAGUUAUAUUUAUUAAAGGUAUAAGUGGAAUGAAUAAAAAUAAUUGUUACA